AUGGAGGAUGCCGAGAAUGCCUUACAGUCAUCAAAGAAAAGGGCUGCUGGACGAGAGCUUACACGAGACACUCCUAUUGACGACGAGGAAGAUGACGCUGAUCUUAAUGCUGGAACUUUCAAGAAAGCCAGUGACGAGGUUCUGGCAUCCAGAAGAAUUAUCAAAGUAGCACGUCGCCAACAGACUAAUUCCGCUCCUUCUUCAAACCCUUUUGCUGGAAUCCGCUUGUCUGCUCCUACUGAAGCCAGUGCCAAACCUGUUGAAGCCACUGCUGAAACACUACCGGAAAAAACUAAGGAUGAAGAGACUAAGCAGCCAGAGAGCAAAACUCUUGAGGUGGAGGUCAAAUCUACAAAUAAUGAUGCUGCUGAAAAAAACAAUGUAAAUAAGGAGCUUGCGGAGAAGGAGAGUAUUUGCUAUAACUCCAAGGUAGAUAAUGAACAAAGUAAGGAUGAAAGUAAGUUUGAAAAUGAGGUCAAGAAGGAAGCUGUUGACAAGGAAAGUGCUGGUGAGAUUGAAAAAGAACCUUCUACAGAAGGAAAAAAUACUGAGAACAAUGAUAAGAACGGAAAUAGUGAAAGCAAGGAUAAGGAAAACAAAGUAAGUGAUGAGGCUACAGCUGAAGGUGGACCUUUCAAGUCAUUUCAACAGCUUUCGAGUAGUCAAAAUGCCUUCACAGGUAGUGGAACUGGUUCUAUUUUUGGCUUGAAACCUGACCAGCCUUUGGGUCUAGGUUUAUCUAAUACUGGAACUUCUGGUUUUGGGACCUCGGGAGCAUCUUCCGUUUCCAAGAAUGAAGCACUGCAGGAAGUCGUCGUUGAAACUGGUGAAGAAAACGAGGAAGUGGUUUUCAAUGCAGAUUCAGUGUUGUUUGAAUUUGUAGAUGGAGGUUGGAAGGAACGUGGAAAGGGAGAGGUGAAGGUGAAUGUCACUAGUGGAACAGAAAAGAAGGCCAGAGUUCUUAUGAGGUCUAAGGGAAAUUACAGAUUGAUUUUAAAUGCGCGUCUUUACCCUGAAAUGAAGCUCACAAAUAUGGAGAAGAAGGGCGUUACCUUUGCCUGUGCAACUGAAGGGAAAACUGGUCUUUCAACAUUUGCAUUGAAGUUCAAAGACGGGUCCAUAGUGGAGGAUUUUAAGGCUGCUAUUACUGCACAUAAGGGUGACGCAUCUACAACUGUGAAGACACCAGAAAAUUCUCCCAAGGCCGCUGAUGUUUGA